AUGAACAAAGUAAAGGGAAAGCACUGCCAAUACUGCCAAAUAAAGGGGCACACGGUCAGCGAAUGCCCAUUUAUAAUCGAAUAUGAGACAUGUUGGAAAUGCGGAGGAACCGGUCACGACCCAAACACCUGCACAAAAUUCCCAAAAAUUACAGAACUUUGCGAAAUCUGUAAUAGCAGGUAUCACACAACAAAAGAUUGUCCAACACCUACGUGCCAACUGUGCAACGAAUUGGGCCACACAGCAAAAACUUGCCCAACAACAAAAACCAACGAUCUCCAAUUAGUCAUGUGUACAAUCUGUAAGGAAGAAGGCUACAGCGCGGCAAAUUGCGAGGAAGCAAGAGUUUUCCAAACCAGAACAAAUCAAAUUAAAUGCCAACUUUGUAAGCGGUUAGGACACUCGGCAGAAGGCUGCCACGAGCCAAGGAAACCUCAACAAAAAUCAAAUGAUUCAUAUAGGAGUAACUACCACAGAAAAUACAAUCACAACGAUAGUAAUUAUUUUAAAGAUAGUAAUGACAAUAGGGACAAUCCGAAACACACAAGCGAACUACGAAGAUUUUGCGAGUAUUGUAAAACCCCAAAUCACACAAAAGAGGAAUGUAGGAAACUAAAAGCCAUCGAACUACGAGCACAAAAAACAGAUAUCUGUUCCUACUGCAAAGAGCCAGGACACCAAAUAGACGCAUGCAGGAAACUAAAAAGCCUAGAAAACAGCGCCGGAAAAAUCUGCAACCUAUGCAAAAGUACGAAUCACGCAACAGAAGAAUGCUACAGAGGGCAAAACCAUCAACAGCACAGACCGGGAAACGAAUAG